AUGGCUGCCCAGAACUAUGCUACCGCCUCGGGAGACCGUAUCAAGGUCAAGAACCCGGUCGUCGAGAUUGACGGUGAUGAGAUGACCCGUAUCAUCUGGAAGAAGAUCAGGGAAGAGCUUAUUCUGCCCUACGUUGACGUGGAUCUCAAGUACUAUGACUUGGGAAUGGAGAACCGUGAUGCGACCGACGACCAGGUCACUAUCGACUGCGCCGAGGCAGUCAAGAAGUACUCGGUCGGUGUCAAGUGCGCGACUAUCACCCCUGACGAGGCUCGAGUAGAGGAGUUCAAGCUGAAGGAGAUGUGGCGGAGUCCAAACGGUACUAUCCGUAACAUCCUCGGCGGGACUGUCUUCCGGGAGCCCAUCAUCCUCAAAUCUAUUCCUAAGCCUGUCCCAGGAUGGACCAAGCCUAUCGUCAUUGGUCGUCAUGCUUUCGGAGACCAGUACCGCUCCACCGACUUUAUCGCUCCCGGACCAGGAAAGCUGCAGCUGAUCUACACCCCAGCAGACGGAGGCAAGCCAACCGAGAUGAACGUGUACGACUUCAAGGGGAAGGGUGUCGCGCUCGCCAUGUACAAUACGGACGAGUCGAUCUACGGGUUCGCACAUGCCAGUUUCAAGAUGGCGCUUAGCAAGAAGAUGACGCUGUUCAUGUCGACCAAAAACACUAUCUUGAAGAAGUACGAUGGGCGGUUCAAGGAUGUCUUCCAGGAGGUAUAUGAAUCAACAUAUCAGAAGCAAUUCGAGGAGCUUGGCAUUUACUACGAGCAUCGUCUCAUUGACGACAUGGUGGCUCAGGCCAUCAAGUCCGAUGGAGGCUUUGUCUGGGCUUGCAAGAACUACGAUGGAGACGUCAUGAGCGACAUCCUCGCCCAAGGCUUCGGCUCGCUCGGCAUGAUGACCUCGGAACUAAUUACCCCGGACGGCAAGACGAUGGAAUCAGAAGCCGCCCACGGUACCGUCACCCGCCACUACCGUCAAUACCAAAAGGGCCAAGAAACAUCUACCAACCCCGUCGCUUCCAUCUUUGCCUGGACUAGGGGUCUCGCCUUCCGCGCCAAGCUGGACGAUACGCCCGAGCUCGCGACUUUUGCGACGGCGCUGGAGGAGGCGUGUGUGGAGUGUAUUGACGAGGAUGGGGUCAUGACGAAGGAUCUGGCGUUGGCUAUGAAGGGGAAGCAGAUGGGGAGGGGGGACUGGGUGACGACGGAUGAGUACAUGAAGGCUGUUAAUGAAAAGCUGCAGAAGAAGAUGGCGGCUGCCAAAUCUGCCUAG